ACUGGGCUGCACCUCACACGUGUCCUCUUCGCCGGCCUUUGGGUCUGGUUCACGCUGAGAUAACCAUUUGCAAUAUUCAGCAAGCUGGUCACCCAUGACAUAGAAUCUCUCCCCUCCUCCCCCCCAAUGCACAGAUUUCUUGGCAUCCUCAUCGCCCGCCCUCUCAGCAUUUCAAAAGGAGAUAAGGAAUGUGGAUUAGUAGGACUGGCUCUCAUAGACAUGAGAACCACUUGUAGGUUGGUGACCCAGUCUUUCCCUGUAACAGAAAACAUCUGUUUGGUUAGUUUGUUUUUAAUGGUUCGAUUAGCUCUUUCUACUAAUCCCGAACUCUGGGGAUGGUAGGGACAGUGGAAUUUCUGUUUGAUCCCCAGUGCCAUGCAUACAGUUUUCAUCACCUUCCCUGUAAAAUGGGUACCUUGGUCACUACCAAUGAAGCAUGGAAGUCCCAUCAGGGAAUUAUUUUGGUCAUCAGUAUUUUAGCUACAUCAGACGCAGUGGCCUUGGCCACUGGAAAAGUUUCUACCCAUUUAGUAAAGUGAUCCACAAACACCAGAACAUAUUCUUUCCCUCUGCACCUUGGCAGGGGCCCAAUGAAAUCUAUUUGUAACUGUGUGAAGGACUGAGUUGGUCUUGGCUGAUAUCGCAUUCUCACUUUCACUGUGGGAGCAGAAUUACAUUGAGUACACGUUACACACCUUCUCAUAUAAUCGUGCACGUUUGCAUUAAGCUUAGGAUGCCACUAGGUGUCCAACAUCCGGUGGAUCACCCUCCAUGCUCCAUCAUGUCCAAUAUGUGAUACACUUGUAUCAUAGUUCCCAUCAGCACAUUUGGUAACACUAAUUGUUCCAUGGACCUCUCCAAGUGUUAUCAUCACACAGUUUGCCCCCAUUAUCCAUCCAUAACCAUUUCUCUGCCCUUGGUGCAGCGUGUUGGAUGUCCUGUAAUUCAAAAAAGUUUGGGGUUUUUAUGAGAGGCUGUGUUGCAGCAAUCAAUUGUCUCUCUUUACCUUCCACUGCUGCUUGUUUACCUAAUUCAUCUGUCCUUCGGUUCCCCUUGUUAUGAGGGUCUGUCCCUUUUGUGUGGGCCCUCACUUUAAUACUGCUACUUCGGUAGGUUUUUGCAUGGCUGCGUGAAGUUUUUCUACUAUCCCCCCAUUUUGUAUUGGGGAUCCUGUACUCGUCAGGAAUCCCCGAUUUACCCACAAGUUAAUAUAAUCCCCAAACGCGUAUCUAGAAUCAGUAUAUAUGUUUACAACACCAUGACCUUUCACAGCUUAACAUGCUGCAACUAAUGCCUGUAGUUCUGCUACUUGUGCAGCUGCCCCAGGUAAACUACCAUGCGCCACCAGCUGCCUAUCUUGAGUACAAACGGCCCAUCCUGUGUGUCGCUUGCCAUCCACAUAGAAGGAAGAACCAUCCACAGAUAGACAAAGGGCACCAGGUAUUUCAGUUUCUUUUACCAAUGGAAGGUCCAUGGGCUCUUCCUCAAGACAACAAUGAUGCGGGUGUCCCUCAUCUGGGGUAGGCAUGAGGGUGGCAGGGUUUAGCGAUGACACUCAUUGCAGAUGUACCGAAGGCAUUAGCAAGCUCUUUUCCCAUAGAGUCCAUCUUGCCACAUGGACUGCCGAAGAUUUCUUUCCUGAUAAAAUAGCAAGGACAGCGUGAGGCAUGACAAUAUUUACAUCCUGCGCACCAAUAAGUGGUGAGGCCUGAUUUAGGGCCAUAGAAGCUCCUUCCACUGCCUGGAGGCAUGGUGGCAUUGUUUGAGCGACAGCAUCUAGUUUACAAGAGUAGUAUGCUACUGGGUGCUGUUUGUCCCCAUGUUUUUGUGUUAACACUGCUGCCAUAUGUCCCUCACUGACAUGCGUGUACAAUGUAAAAGGCAUUAAUGGAUUAGGAAGUCCCAAUCCUGGGGCAGUACUCAGCCUCUGUUUCAAUGUGGUAAAUGCCUGUUCAUAUUCAAGUGUCCAUUCAGUUGCAUCAUGUGGUCCACCAACACCCUUCAGGAAAUUAUUAAGGGGCUGGACAAUCCUUGAAUAAUUUGGGUUUUGAGUUCGGCAGAAAUUGAAUAGCCCCAACACUUUCCUAACUCCCCUGACCGUAAUUGGUCGUGGGCAUGCCUUAAAAGCUUCAAUGCGGUCAACAGUUAAACACUUGUACCCUUUGGAUAUUAGAUACCCCAGAUAUGAUACUUCCUCCUUUGCAAUCUGAGCCUUUCUAGCAUUACAUUUUACCCCACUGUCUGUCAAGUGAAGUCUUUCAUGUGCAUUUGGCGAUCUGGUGAGGAGAUAAGAAGAUCAACAUACUGUACAACACAGGAAGCCAUGUCUGGCAGCUUUGCCAGCACAUCAGCUAAUGCUCUAUGAAACAAAGUAGAUGAGUUAUGAAAACCCUGGCUUCGACUACAAAUGCAUGGAAAUUUCCAGGAGGCCUGUCAGACCCAGGUGAAGACAUUGGAAACACAGCAGUUCGAGAGGUUUGUGAAGAGACUGGCAUUAAGUCAGAGUUCAAGUCCCUCUUAAGCAUAAGGCAGCAACAUAGGCACCCCGGAGCCUUUGGGUUAUCAGAUAUGUAUAUCAUCUGUCGCCUGCAGCCUUCCUCAUUCAACAUCAGCUUCUGCCAGCAGGAAUGCUUGAGGUGCGAAUGGAUGGAUCUUGAGGAACUUGCCAAGACCAAAGACACUACUCCCAUCACCAGCAGUGUAGCUAAACUGCUACUUUAUGGAUACAGAGAAGGGUUUGAUAAGAUUGAUAUAACCAUGAGAGAAUUUCCAGCUGUUUACACAGGCCUAUUUUAUAAGCUGUACCAUAGGGAGCUGCCAGAUACUUAUAAAAACAUGACAGAAUUCUAACAAGCUUCACAUUUAAUUAAAUUCAUAAUUUAGAAUGGAUUGUUUUAAAUUGUGGGCUUACUUGUACCAUAUUAAAAAUAUUCCUGGACUUUG